GAAAAACAAGAAGAAGAAGAAGUGACGUUUAUCUGACACCCGGAAGAAGAGCUGAACGAUGCGGGACGGUGGAGGGAUCCAUCCAUGGAUGGAGCGAUGGAGUGAGCGCCAGAGCGAGGGAGUCAUGAAUGAGACUGGGGAGGGUAAAAGAGGCAAUGCCAGAAAGAGGAAAACCCAGCUUGAGCAGACUGGCCCUUAUGAAAAGAAGCAACUUUACCAAGCCCAGUUAACCAGAAGUUAUCCUGCUACAUCCUUCAAAGACAAUGACUUUGGCUUCACCCAAGAACAAGUGAUGCAUAAUCCUAGUGAUAAAACUGGCCACAAUAAAAUGUGUCACAAAGGUCAGAAUUUCACAACUAAAAAUAAGCGUAAUAUGAACAAGCAGCAGCAGCAGAAAAAUCUGCAUCAACAGAAGGAUGGAUGGAGAACUGCCGAUAGAGGUGGAAGCCAUCGGACUAGACCUACUUGGGGAAAAGGUGGAGGACACAGUAAAAAUAAAUAUGACAAGCAGGACAUCCAAGUGGAACCUACAAGGUUCAUGUCACAGGAUUUCAAGGACCAGAAUGCUGUGUUGGUGGACGGGCGGUUAGUGUGUCGACAUUUCCUUUUCGGAAGGUGCAUCAAGGGUGAUGACUGCCAACUGGAACAUAUUGAGGGUUACAACAAUCUUGUCAAAGAAGUGUGCAAAUUCUACAUCCAAGGAGUCUGUACAAAAGGGGAGGGCUGCCCAUACAUGCAUAUGUCCUUUCCUUGCAAGUACUUCCACAGCAAAGGCAAAUGUUAUCAAGGAGCAGAUUGCAGGUUUUCCCAUGAGCCACUCAAUGACGUCACUAACCGACUGUUGUGUGAGGCAUUAAAACGGGAGCAUGACCUCUGUGAACUUAGAAAAAAAGCUGAACAGAAGGCAUCAGGACAGCCAGAGGACACAGAGGAGUCCGAAAUUAUAGAAGCAAAUAGGACCCCAGAUACACUCCUACAAUCACUCAGGCCUAUCUUUUACAACAGCGAAGAGAUAAAUGCUGAGAAGGAAACCUUGGUAUGUCAGACUGACGACCUGGCUGAUGUCAUGGAGGAAGCUGUCCCACCACAAGCAUCAGAUGCUGUCCGGCCUCACAUUCCCCCGUCAAGCAAUCUGAACUAUGAGGAGCCGAUUUGCUAUUCAGUUGCAGCAGUGCUUGGAUCUCAACUAUUCAAACCUUUCCAAAGUUUCUUUACAACUCCAGAAAGUCAAGAAUCUGUCACUUCUGGCUCUACAAGCCAAAGCGAAGCUCCCUACUCUGUGGAUGCUGUUCUCAGGUCCUAUAAAUCAGUGGAAAAUUCAACCUUUGGCCACACACCUACCCCUCCUACACAAACUGUAUCCUAUACGCCAAAAACUGACUUUGAAGAGAUCACUGGUCCUCUGCUGAGCUCAGAAACCCACAACGAGAAGGUCUUGUAUUCGGUUAAUACCAGAAAUGAAGUGAACAAAUCCCAGGAAAGAACAGUCAUGAGCUUGUCAUCCCUCCAAGUGCACACCAGCCUGAUUUCAAAGACCUGCCCUAGUUCCACUCUGGCCUCCAGGGAUUACAAGAAACAAGGUGGCAAUAUGCCAGAACCCCUAAAACCUGCUCAAAGAGCUGCUCAUGAAGUCAAGUUGGAGUUGCUGCUUUCUCCUGUUACUGAGGAAGAGAGGUCUGCAUCCUCCAAAAACAAAGGAGCAAUGAAAGGAAGCAUGCACCUGCCUACGGAUAUUACGUGCUCAGUAAAUUGUAAAAGUAAAGGUGUUAUUCCUUUUGGACGCACUAACCGCAAAAGCAUUUCUUCAAGGCCCGCUGGUCAGACGUCUACCUCCAGGCUGAACACAUCUGACUCACAAGCCUCAAUGAAGCCUUGUUAUCCCUCUUCAGAUUUCACAGAGUUUAAAGGUGGAUCUGCGGUUCCUGUUGACUCUGUCACCUACUUCAUGAAAACAAGUGAUUCUGCAAACUCCGUCAGUUGUCAUUUAGCUGCAAAACAACCCACUAAGAUCCACCUGCACUCCAAAAAGACAACAGCUGGCCUCAAAUGUGGCACACAUCAUCAUUCAACUGCAGUCACAGCAGAGUGUAGCAGUAAAAUGGCACGUUGUGGUGAUUUGGCAGCCGGAUCUAAAAAGACCCUGAAAAGACCCUUUCGUAGCCUUUUCGCAAGCCCCAUUUCUGACGCUCUGCAGCCUAUAGACGAUUCUGUAACAGAUUCCUCUUGUCCUCAAGGCUUCAUUCAAUCCUCCUGUUCCCCACAGUCUGCAGAUUACACAAGUAAUCUUGUUAAAAGAGUGAUUGAACAUGACAAAGCCUCUGCCAGGCCCUUCCUCAGCCUUUUUGCUACUCCUCUCCCAUCCAUAGAGUCUCUGGAGCAUUCCAGGAUUUCCUCUUGUUCUCAACAUUCAAACCAGUUUGUUAAAAAUACAUCUCAGUUAUCAAACUCCAAACAAAGGGCUUCUAAUUUAGAGCCACCUCUCCCAGGCCAAGCUGAUUACAAAGAAAUCCCUCAUGCGCUAAGAUUCCCCAAUCUUUCUGGUAAUCCUAAAAUAGGAAAUGAAGACAAUUCAAAGGAGCAUGUAAAUCAAGCUACAGAGCAGCUGGUGAAUCCCGUCUGUAGCCUUGUGUCGGAUUCUCUCAGUCCAACUCCUUGUGGUAACAGUCCAUCUACAACCCAUGCUCAUCAGCCGCUGCCCGACAUCUCAUCCCACAAAGGAUCCGUAGUAGCAGCCACUGCAAAUUCAGUUCUGAAGACACUCUUUCUGAGCCUGGGCCCGUACCAAGAGGAUGGAGAGCAACAGGAUAGUAGAUCACAUCAGUGUCCCUGCAGACUCCCAGUCCAACAGUCGACUGAAAACAUAGUUGCAAACUCAACAGAGCACCAGCACGCUCUUCAGACUCCACACAUUUCCGUCAGCAGUCCAGGAAUGACUGAACCUCAGGUGACAAAUUCACCUGGCACAACCAACAUGCCAUGCAAACCAGUGGCGCCGCUGAUGCAGCAUCGCACCAGACCAAGACAGAAGCCCACAUCAGAGGAAGGAAUGUGUGUAAAUGGGGACGUGGUGGCCACACCAUUCAAGGACCUUUUCAAGACUUUAGACACCACCGUUUUCCACGGACAUUAACGUUGGAUGACUUUUAUGUUAAAUCACACUAAUAAUCUUCUUAUGCUUGUGCUUCUUUGUACACACUGAUCUGUGUGUUCUAGGAAAGUAAAAUCAUUCCAUGUGGGGCUUUAAAGAGGUGGCAAACUAGUCACCGCUGAUCAAAUAUGAAUCAAUAUUGUGUUACUGUAAUGCCUAUUUCUCUUCUCAAAUGUUCUCAGAAUCUUCUUGUAGUGUACUGUUUAGCUGUAAAAUGAGAAAGUUUGUUGAGAUCAGUUGAGGA